GGCGGGGCCCGGCGCUGGUUGCCGGGGCGGCGGAUGGCGGCGGCGACUCCUCGAUGGCGGCGGGGCUGAGCGCGGACCCUGCACCGGCGGCCGGGACGCGGGGACUCCCCCUUCGGUGCGGGGAGGCCCAGUCCUCGGGAAAAGGGGAGAGAGAGAGAGGCUGAUACUGAAGCCAACCAGCUGCGCUUCUGAGUGGGAAACUCCGGACUGAUCUCAUGGCUUGCUUUUUAUUUCAUUAAUACUUCAUUAUCUCUGAAAAUGAACCUUUUUGUGAAGCUCUUCUCCUAACUCUCCUUAUUCCUCUUUCACGAGGUGGCUGCUGCUGUGCAAAGGAAGGAAUGGCAUGAAGUGAAUUACUCCAGUAUAAAGCAAGCUGCUUUGCCCAAGUGCCCAGUGGGCAGCACUGUCACUUUAAUAAUUCCAGGUCAAGGGAUUGCUUUCCUCGUUUUCAAUCCUCUCUUUUAAUACAUGGGAGGAUCAGAGGGACAUUAAAGACCGUAAGGCUGGGUGGCUUGCAGAUAAUAAAAAUGAAAGUGUUUGCCCAGUGACUUCUGUUGGGUAAGAGGGUGAUAUUUGAAGGAUCUUCCUUCUUUUCCUCUGGUGAGGAAAAAGGGAUCUUUUCAGUCUGCUGUGUAGACAUCUAAUACAUAGCUAGCAAAACUAAUUCAAGAAGUGAAAGAGCAUAAAGAGGCACUUCGGCUAUUGUUUUUGUCUUCCUCUUAUUUGGAUUACUUGGGUGUUUUUGUCCUGCAAAUAAUAUGUUUUUGAGCAUGUACAGGUGGAGUAUGAGACAGCUGACUAGAGAUGGACUGUGCCUUAAUUGUAUUGCAUAAAAUCUUUUAAUUUUCAAACAUUGCUGCCAGAAGAGGAGUUAUAAGGUUUUAUACUGCCAAGGAACGUUUGAUCUUGUAUUUUUAUAGAGUCAAAUAUAUUUUAAAGAAAUUGAAAGCAUCUUUUAAAAAAGAAUCAAAAAGCUUCUUUUGCUUCCCCUUCCCUCUUUUUUUUUUUUUUUUUUUUUUUUUUUUUUUUUUUUUUUUUUUUAAUUUGCGGAGAGCAUCGGAAGUUCAAGCCAAGGGAACAGCAAGUAUUCAUAGAAAUGAAGAUUGAAGCUGCAUUUCCUUACUGAACUGUAAAAGUGUUCUGCAAUAGAUAGUCAGUUCCUGACCUUGCAGAGUGUUCCAGUAGUACUUCGUUAGUACCUGUAAAUAAGUGCUUGCAACCAGAUUCAGACAUAGGAAGAAGAAUGCCAGUCAAGAAGAAAGAUACUGACCGAGCUUUAGUGCUGCUGGAAGAAUAUUGCAAAAAACUACGGAAGCCAGAAGAGCAACAACUGAAAAAAGCCAUCAGAAAGGUGAUGGGCAUCUUUAAGAGCAGCUUGUUUCAGGCACUUCUAGAUAUUCAAGAGUUUUAUGAAGUGACACUGCUAAAUUCUCAGAAAAGCUAUGAGCAAAAAAUAGAAGAAGCAAAUCAAGUUGCAGAGAAAUGGGAGAAGACAACAUCUGCUACAGACCAUGAAAAUCUGCAGAAAAAACAGGAGCCUGCAGUUUCCAGUGGAUCAGAAGGAUCUGGCCAAUGUGGUGAACACAAGAAGGAGAACCCGACUUUUGAAAGCUAUGUGGUAGACAUGAAGACAAAGAAAUAUCGUUAUCAAGAUGAGGAGGCUCCACAUGACCAUACUUUGCCUCGUUUAACCCACGAAGUGAGAGGCCCAGAGCUUGUUCACGUGUCAGAGAAGAACUUGUCUCAAAUAGAGAAUGUCCAUGGAUACGUCUUGCAGUCGCACAUUUCUCCUUUGAAGGCAAGCCCUGCCCCUAUAAUUGUCAACACAGACACCUUGGACACAAUCCCUUAUGUCAAUGGAACAGAAAUUGAAUAUGAAUUUGAAGAAAUUACUUUGGAGAGGGGAAAUUCUGGCCUGGGGUUCAGUAUUGCUGGAGGAACAGAUAACCCACACAUUGGGGAUGAUCCUGGGAUAUUCAUUACUAAGAUUAUACCAGGAGGAGCUGCAGCAGAGGAUGGAAGACUCAGGGUCAACGAUUGCAUCCUGCGCGUGAACGAGGUUGACGUGUCGGAGGUGUCGCACAGCAAGGCCGUGGAGGCCCUGAAGGAGGCUGGUUCCAUAGUGCGGCUCUACGUCCGGCGGAGGAGACCUAUACUGGAGACCGUCGUGGAGAUCAAGCUCUUCAAAGGACCGAAAGGUCUAGGAUUCAGUAUUGCAGGAGGGGUGGGAAACCAACACAUCCCCGGAGACAACAGCAUUUAUGUCACCAAGAUUAUUGAUGGGGGAGCUGCACAAAAAGAUGGGAGAUUGCAGGUUGGAGAUAGACUUCUUAUGGUAAAUAAUUACAGUUUAGAAGAAGUCACCCAUGAAGAGGCAGUAGCAAUACUGAAGAACACAUCAGAUGUAGUGUAUCUGAAAGUUGGAAAGCCCACCACCAUUUACAUGACAGAUCCAUAUGGCCCACCAGAUAUUACUCACUCUUAUUCUCCACCAAUGGAAAAUCAUAUACUCUCUUCUGGAAACAAUGGCACUUUAGAGUACAAGACAUCCCUGGCGCCUAUCUCACCAGGAAGAUACUCACCCAUUCCAAAGCACAUGCUUGUGGAGGACGACUACACCAGGCCUCCUGAACCUGUUUACAGCACUGUGAACAAACUGUGUGAUAAACCACCUUCUCCUAGGCACUAUUCCCCUGUCGAGUGUGACAAAAGCUUCCUUCUUUCAGCUCCCUACCCCCACUACCACGUAGGCCUGCUCCCUGACUCUGAGAUCACCAGUCAUUCCCAGCACAGCACCGCAACGCGUCCACCCACAGUGAGCUUGCAGCGGACCAUUUCUGUGGAAGGAGAGCCUCGAAAAAUCAUCCUGCACAAGGGCUCCACAGGACUUGGUUUCAACAUUGUGGGAGGUGAAGACGGGGAAGGCAUUUUCGUGUCGUUCAUCCUGGCGGGCGGGCCAGCGGAUCUCAGCGGAGAGCUGCAGCGAGGAGAUCAAAUCCUGUCUGUGAACGGCAUCGAUCUCCGCGGUGCCACCCAUGAGCAGGCGGCGGCUGCGCUCAAGGGCGCGGGGCAGACGGUAACGAUCAUAGCGCAGUACCAGCCGGAGGAGUACGCUCGAUUUGAGGCAAAAAUCCAUGACCUGCGUGAGCAGAUGAUGAAUCACAGCAUGAGUUCUGGGUCUGGCUCCCUGAGGACUAAUCAGAAGAGGUCACUGUAUGUCAGAGCUAUGUUUGACUAUGACAAGAGCAAAGACAGUGGCCUCCCAAGCCAAGGACUCAGUUUCAAGUAUGGGGACAUCCUUCACGUCAUCAACGCCUCAGAUGAUGAAUGGUGGCAGGCGAGGAGGGUCACUCUGGAGGGGGACAGCGAGGAGAUGGGAGUUAUACCCAGCAAGAGGAGAGUCGAAAGAAAGGAGCGCGCACGUUUGAAGACGGUGAAAUUCAACGCGAAGCCCGGUGUAAUUGAUGCAAAAGGGUCAUUCAAUGACAAGCGUAAAAAGAACUUCAUCUUUUCACGAAAAUUCCCAUUCUACAAGAGCAAGGAGCAGAGUGAGCAGGAAACAAGUGAUCCAGAACGAGGCCAAGAGGACUGCAUCCUUUCUUAUGAACCUGUCACAAGACAGGAAAUUAAUUACACCAGGCCGGUCAUUAUUCUGGGUCCUAUGAAAGAUCGGAUCAAUGAUGAUUUGAUAUCUGAGUUCCCUGAUAAGUUUGGGUCAUGUGUACCACAUACCACACGGCCAAAGCGUGACUAUGAAGUGGAUGGGAGAGAUUAUCAUUUUGUCAUUUCAAGAGAACAAAUGGAAAAAGAUAUCCAAGAGCACAAAUUUAUAGAAGCUGGGCAGUACAAUGAUAAUUUGUAUGGAACUAGUGUCCAGUCUGUAAGAUUUGUGGCAGAAAGGGGCAAGCACUGUAUACUUGAUGUGUCAGGAAAUGCUAUCAAACGACUACAAGUUGCACAACUCUAUCCCAUUGCUAUCUUCAUUAAGCCCAAAUCAUGGGAGCCUCUGAUGGAAAUGAAUAAACGUCUUACAGAGGAGCAAGCAAAGAAAACCUAUGAUCGAGCAAUUAAAUUAGAACAAGAAUUUGGAGAAUAUUUCACAGCUAUUGUCCAAGGAGAUAGCUUAGAAGAUAUAUAUAAUCAAUGCAAACUUGUAAUUGAAGAACAAUCUGGGCCUUUCAUCUGGAUUCCUUCAAAGGAAAAAUUAUAAAUUAGCCACUGCACCUCUGAUUACGACGGGAGAAUAUUUAGAAGAAAACUAUAAUAUACUAUUUGGAGGCUUUCCUGUUUUUGUUGCAUUUAUGUUCUUUGCAGUCAAUGUGAAUUUUGAUGAAUGUACAACACAAAGUGUUUGAAGCCAUGAAGGACACUGAUGGGUCAAAGGGUAGGAACAAAAAGACUUCUACCAUAUAAAGCAAAUCUGUUGUGUGCUCAGAGCACGAGUUGUAGGUAUAAACUUUUGACAUGGAGACCCUCUGUCACAGGGAGCUAAGCCACCUCCUGUGCCCAGGCGGACAUUUUGAUCGAUUUCAAUGGCUGAGCUCAGUGUGUUGAUUGCUUUAGAGAAGUUCCCAGCUCUUGAACCUCAUAUAGGGCUUGAUCCUGCAAGGCGCUCAGCACUUGACCCCAAUCCCUACACACGAGUAGCCUGUUGAUUUGGAGUCACUUGUGACCCUUCCCUAUGCUGUUCAGUCCCACCAGUUCCAGCAGGACUAUUCACGUGCUCAAAGCUAAGCACAGGCUUAAGCAUUUUGGCUAGAUCAGGGCCACACGCACCUUGCAAAAUCAAGCUCAGAGUAUUUGGUCCCCUUCCUACUGAGGUAACUGUUAGGGCACUCUGUGACCUGACUGGGAGGUGGGUCCUGUUCUAAGCUUGUCAUUGCACAUUUGUAGUUGGUACACCUCGACUUUGGUAACUAUGCACAUCUUUUGAUUUCUGAAACCAAGUCAACCAUUUCUUUUUUCCCCUUUGGAAGCACUAUUGCAUCAGGAACUACCAACAAUAUGGUUUAUUUUGAUGGUUUAGGGGUGGGAGAGGAUGGAAGCAUUUCACACCACACACGUGCACACAUUCCCACGAGGACACACACAUGUAUGAGGAUUCACAGAACCUAUGUUAACAAGGAGGGAUACAACUGGGAAAAGCUUUAAAAUUUUUGAUUGUCUAUUUUAUCCUUUAUAUUGAUAGAAGGCACUUAAAGACGGAAUAAUUUAUAAAAAUAAAAAUAUAUUGAUGUAUAGAAACUAAUUUCUAUAGGUAAAAUGUUUUUGUGAAGAUAUUUUGUAAAGAUUAAUUAAUUGAAAGAUUAAAUAUUUACACCCUUGUGCGACUGUCAAAUGUAAAGAGGACCAUCAAGUUGCAUUAUACCUCUUUCAUAACAGAUUCUCUAUUAUUAAUGACAAGCAAGAUAAUUCCUUAAAUUGUCAUUGUAAUCUUGUUUUUCUUUCAAUUUAAUCCUCUCUUUUGCCUCUGUUUAAUCAUGAUGAACUCCUGUGGAAAGAUCUCUUGAACUCACUGCCCUGCAGGAAUUUUCUGAACACAAAAGGAUAAUAAUGCAUCUUUGAGAGGGACAACUAUUCAGAAGCAAAAUGUCAGUGCUUAGAUGCAGUUAAUAAUUUCUGUCUUAGGAAGGAGGCACCCUUAAUCCCCAAAUGUUUUAUGAUUCUUCCUGUUUCCUUCAGGGAAAUAAAAAAAGCCUUUGAUCUUUCCUCUCUUUUCAGACAGGUCAUCAACUAACUUGUAUCUUCAUUCAUUUCACAGUCAACAAGGGUCUUAAAAGCAAAAACUGAGGCAAUAGACAUUUGUGACGGAUUUGGGGAAACUCUGUGGAACUGCAGUAUGGGAUGUAUGGAAGGGGAGAAGGAGGUAUUUUUUUCUCAUUUCACAUUGCCCUUCUUCUGUAUGCUAACGCCAGUCUUCACGGACUUACAAGGAGACAACUUCAACAGAUCCUAUGACAGUAAAACUGAAUUGCCUUUGCUGCUGCUGGACCAUGUUCUCUGUAGAACCCACGCUCCUGCCUCCGCUGCACUGCAGGAGUGCAAUGCUUAUAGCUGGUGGCUACAGCAACCCUAAUGCUUACAGGUGUCUCAAAGGCAAAUGCUAAAUAGACUCCUCUGGCACUUGUCUGUUUGAAGCUUACGUUGCUACACCCUGUCCAGCUGACAGGUCUACCCAGCCACCUUCCGCGGACAGCGCGACGAGCUGGAUGUUUGCAAAAGCCACCAGCAGUGACAGGGUUAAAAAUAUGGGCAUUUUACUGGCUCUGAGUGGGCCUCUCAUGCUUACUGCCCAACUAUCGUAACUCUGAGAAGUUCACACUUCUUUAACUACUUUUCCUGCCUGGUCAGCGCAGAUUUAUAAACAAGGGUUUCAGUUAAGUCUCCAGAAGAGCUUUGUAACCAGAAGGGCUAUAAACUUUUUUUUUUUUUUUAAGGAAUUAAUGAAAGCUUUGAUUUUGGAUAAUUCUGCAGAAGUCUACAGAGUGGCCCCAGAUCUGUGGAAGCCAUGGAUUUUUCCAUGCUAGCAAAAUACUAUUGCCCCAGGUUGGGAAAUAGCCCACCAGACCUGAAAAACCAAGUAUUCUAAAGCAGGAACUUCAUUCUAAUUUUCAGCUCUGUUUUAAGCAAUCAAUCACAUCUGCUUCUUCGUUUCUUAGUUCAGCAUGCAGCCUUUUAUGGUACUAUCCUACUAGUAACUGUUUUGCUUUGUCAUGUGCUGUGCUUUACGGUGAACAGUAACACUACGGCUGAGUACAAUCAAUUUUUCCAUCAGUCCUUGGUUACUGUAGUAACAUUAUUUAUUUUUCCCUGUCUGUUGUUUGUGCUUCCAUUUCAGAGUUGACAUUGCACUUCCUUUUUUUUUUUUUCUUUUUUUUUU